AAAAGUCACUGUCACUACUGUCAGUGUCACUGUCAACAGUGUCUAUGAUAGGCGUUUUGUAUUGUAAAUACGCCACUUUCAAUCACUUAAUUAUAGAAGUUUUUGUAAAAUAAAAUAUAACGCAGGCCUAUUUAUAUAAUUUUUGAUUCCAAAAGGUAUUCGGUGUGAGUUAUUCACUGGAAAUAAUCAAAAAUGACAUCUAAAGUUACGUUCAAAAUAACACUUACAUCGGACCCGAAGCUUCCUUUCAAAGUCUGAACCGAGCCAGGUAUCAAACUGACAGUAGCUAUCAAGAAGUGAAUAAUGAGCGAAAAUGCGUCUUCAAACAUCAACCAGAUACUAACAUCCUAUGACACCUUCAUAAAUAUUCUAGAGGAUCCCAACUGGCCAAAGUCUGCGAAAGUUGAAGACAUUAAGAUGUCUUUCAAAUUAGGCAGCUUCCUUGAAAAAACCAUGAAACACUUCGAAUCACAGAAUAGUUCAGAUGAGUUUUUAGAUAUUUUAGGAAAGUGGUGGAAAGAGAAAAACCGAACCAAAAUUUAUUCUACAAGUUUUUAUUCCACUGCUUGUGACGAGUUACUCAUGAAGUUUUUUCGUUGUGAAAAUAUCUCUGAAAAUAAUUUAGAUGUGGCAGUUCGAAUAUUCACAUCAAUUUUUCCAAAGAAUCGAAUGGAAAAUGUCAUAAGCAAGCUCAUUCUAACUGCUGGUUAUCAGGAAGCUGUAUCUGACUUUGUGAAAAUCAUAUCAGAUGAUAAAAAUUUUCACGAUUUGCAGUAUCAUUUGAAAUUACAAAACUGGAGUGAACUUAUGGAAACUGGUAAAGAAUCUUACAUCAGAGAAGAAGUCAAAGAAAUUUUGACUCUCUACAAAGUGGAGUCUUUACUUCAUCUCAUCAUAGGUGUAUUGACAUUGAGUGAUGUAUCUGAGACGGAGAAACUUGUUCAAAAGAUUGCACUGCAGAGUAUUUUGGACAAAAUGUUAGAUCGAAGCAUUCUCAGCAAACAGUUCUGGACUACAUUAUUUAAAAAUGUUGAUGUACGUCAUGUUAGUAUCGUUUGUCAAAAUUUUAAAGACUUUCUAAUCUCUCUGUUCAAUUUCAUUGUUUACACAGGGAGUAUGAUGAGAAAAGAAGGGAAUUUGUGGCAAACUGACUCAGAAGUGUGUCUGUGUCCGGAAUUGGGAUACACAGAUCUCAUUCUACAUAUUCAAGAUGUGUGUGGGAUUAAUUCUGAAAUGAAGACAUAUGUAAUCGAUAGGUUAAAUCAAGCAAAAGAAUUUACCAACUCAGACAUUUGGACACAAAUUAUUGAAGAAAUUGGCUGAAGUUUUUGUAUAGUGGAAACUUUUUAAUAUUUUAUAUAUUGUAUUUUUUCAUUAUAUUUUUGU